GGUUCACCGCGCGGCUGGAGAAGCUGGUGGACAAGAGCACCAAGGGCAAACACGUCAAGGUCUCCAACUCGGGACGCUUCAAGGAGAAGAAGAAGGUGAGGGCGACGCUGGCCGAGCACCCCAACCUCUGCGCCGGCGGCGAGCAGGAGGAGAAAUGA